UAUUUGGGAGACUUAGCUCUGAAACUGGGCGAAAUCUGUGGAUCCACAUUUAGCUAUACUGCGCAAAAAAUGAGCGCAGUCUGACACCAAAAUGGCGGCCUGAGGAGAGCCAGUUUCCAUCACUAUUGAGAGCAAGGGGGCGGGUCCAAAACUGCAUCACAGCUGAUCUGGAGGUUUUUUUUCCCCCCUCAAGUUGUUUUUUGCAGAGAGCAGCUUUGCAGGGAUUCACAAGGGGACCUCUCUCUUGUUUUCUUUCUCUGAUUCUUAUUCUUUUCAACCGAGCCUCAUUUCUUCCAUCAGGAGUCCUGUUUUUCAACCCGACAUCGGAUUGAAACCCCCGCGCAGUUUCAUUAUGCCACUUCUUUUCAGAAUAAACUGCUUUUAUCGUAAUUUUUCACUCGAAUACCCUCGUCUUUUUGUUAUCCACGGUGAAUUUAACACAGGUCUGACCCACUUUUAGUGCUUUUGCCUCCUUCAGUGCAUCCCAUGUGUUAACACAAGCCAUCAGAGGAGAUGUUUUCGGCAGGAGAGGAGGUCAAUUCCCAUUUGUUUACCUCACUAGAGGAGUCCCCAGGAGCUGCAAUCUCCCCUACCCUGGAGCUCAGCCUCACCACCAUCUACACCGUCCUCUAUUCCUUCCUGUUUGUUUUCGUUUACCUGCAGCUCUGGCUCAUUUUGCACUACGGACACAAGCGCUUCAGCUACCAGAGUGUGUUUUUGUUUUUGUGUUUGCUCUGGGCAGCUCUCAGGACGACCCUGUUCUCUUUUUACUUUAAAAAUGUGGUGCAGGCCAACCAGCUGCAGCCUCUGGCCUACUGGCUGCUCUACUGCUGCCCUGUCUGCCUGCAGUUCUUCACACUCUGCCUGCUUAACCUCUAUUUCACACAGGUGAUGUUUAAGGCCAAAGCAAAGUAUUCCCCCGAGCUCAAUAAAUACAAGGUUCCUUUGCGUUUGUUCUUCCUCUGUCUCAGUAUAUUUUUCCUGGUGGUGAAUUUAACUUGCGCAUUGUUGGUGCAAGGGGCUCUGGAGCGCUCUGAAUCCCCAAGCGAUGGGGGCGUCAGACAUGCAGUUCUGGCCCGGGUCCUGAUCAACGACAGCCUUUUCGUCCUGUGUGCCAUCUCUCUGGCCGUCUGCAUCUUCAAAAUCGCCAAGAUGUCCUCCGCCAACGUUUACCUUGAAUCAAAGGGGACAUCAGUGUGCCAAGCCACAGCCAUAGGAGCUGUAGUGAUUCUGCUGUACACGUCCAGAGCCUGCUACAACCUGGUGGUGGUGACUCUGUCACCGCAGGAUAAGCCCAGCCCCUUCAACUACGGCUGGUACAGUGUUUCUGAUCAGGCAGAUGUGCAGGAAAUCAGUGGUGAAGCCUACAUUAUGUUUGGCAUCAUCUUAUUCUUCUGGGAGCUGCUGCCAACAAGCCUGGUGGUGGUUUUCUUCAGAGUCCAAAAACCCAACCAAAACCUGGCUCCAGGAGGGAUGAUCAACAGCCACAGCUUCAGCUCCAGAGCUUAUUUCUUUGACAACCCCAGACGAUAUGACAGCGACGAUGACCUGUCCAGAAGCAUUACCAGUAGAGCUGACCGGGGCAGCCUCCUCUCCACCACCCCUCAGCUGGGUACAUCCAGCUGGUACGGCUCCAUUCAGCGUAACGGGACCCUGUCUGCAGGUGUGGCGUCCACCCAGCCCUCCUCCUCCACAGCCCCGCUUCUCUUCGCCUACGGAAACAUCCAGAGUCACCAUCACCACCACAACUACUACUCCACCCCGCAGAACAACAACUACCACCACCAUCACCACAGUAACUACUACUCAACACCGCAGAAUUAUUACUGUGGGUCGCAGACGUAUUUCUGCACCCCCCAGAAUUAAUCACGGACCGUCAUAAAGAUUGACUCAUUAACAUCAUCAUUAAAUCAAAGCAGGAGUGACAUUGCUCAGGACCAAGUUGGACAUAAAAUGCUGAUGAUUAACUGUUCGCAAUGUCUUUAACCAGCAUGCGUGGACCAGAAGUAAAACAAUCAAAUGCCACAUGGACCAGAGUUUUGGAAAUCAGCAUAACCUGGAUCUGUUCCGUUGUAUGUUUUGGUCAGAUUUCUGAAACUGGAAUCAUCAGGGACUAAAUCGUCAUCUUUCACCCUCAAUCUGUAAAUUAUCUUGUUAAAACGCUCUUCAGUUCUGCACAGAAAGGGGCCAUCCAGGAGUCUUGCAAAGCUAAAGUGGCUAAUGCAGGAGCUACUUGUCAGCCAACAGACUAUUCACAAUAUUCACCACACACUGGUCAAACUGUGACUUGGGAUCAAAAUGGCUGGUGUGAACAUCUGUAGCAGGCAGAAAGACACAAAGUCUUUACAUAUGUCAAAGAUUUUAGACAUUUAAUGGUACUAAUCUGUCAUUUUUGAGGGGAUUGUUUGCAAGCUUGUUUCAUAGAUAAAGAUGCUGGAUGUCUAUGGCCUGUUCCACCUGAACCUGAAGGAUAUGCACCCACAAAAGCUGUUUUCUGGCAGUUCGCACUCUGAGGUGUUUACAUUGACAGGAAUUAGCGAUUGCUGAUUUGCCAUUGGCUGCAGCUAGGAGCUAACUACAGGCUGUUAUGUACAUCACCAAGACUACAGGAUUUAUAUCCUCAGUACUAUUUACUCACGACUUUCUGUUGUUCAACAUGUAAAAUAGCCAUUUUCCAAUACCCACAAUAUACUGUUAGUAAAAUACUGUUCAGUUUUCUCCCAGUAUCCACAAAUAUCCAUAACUACUGCAAACAAGAUAUGCCUUGUUCUGAUAAAGCUGCCAUAAGCUCCAUCAGUGACUAAUGUGGUAAAACAGUGCAAACCUAAGUAUUACAAAUUCACACUUAAGCUGCACAAUUACAAGUCUAUACAGCUGCUUUUGACAAAACAACUCUGAAUGUGUUCAUAAUGUUCAACAGCAGCGACUUUGUCCAGGCUUAUCCACAUCUAUCUAUAUUUUGGAAACUGUGACCAACAUUAGAUGUGAUUUUUCAUAAGAGGGGUCCUUUUGGACAGUGUACAAUCGAUUGAAAUAAUUAUAUAUAUAACUGAGAUUUUUCACUCAAAAAAAAAAGAGUGGGAAGGGACUCUGAAGCAUAUUUUUGGCCAAAAACGUGUAGCUUAAUUUGAUCCUUUGAGAGGCGUUUUGCACUCGUAUGAAUCCCUUAUAGAAAAGAGGCUUUGUGCCUGAAUGUAGGAUUUCAUUUCCUACCCUAUUUUAUGUAUUUUCCCUGGCAAUCCUCUGUAUUUUAUAUUUUACUAUUUAUCCUUUUGUGAAAGGAAAUAUCGAUGUGCCAUCACACUAAGUCAUAUGUAAUGGUUUCAUUCCUUAAGGAAAAUAUUUUUGCACAAGAAAUGUUUAAGUGUUUGUGUGUGUCCAAGAUAAUAAAUUUCUAAUCCAGCGUGUCAUGUUGAGUCGGUAUGUGUGACAUUAGAGCUCUAGGUUUAGUGCAUUUUACAUGUUUGGUUUUUUUUUUUUUUAUAUAUAUCUUAUAUCAAUUUUAUGUAUAUCAUGACAAACUGCAGCUUAUGAGCGAUAUUUGUCAUUGGUGGAACAAUUUCAUAUGUAAUUAACAGACCAAAAUUGAACUUUAUCUACAUUACUGUUGGACUGAAGGAAACAAAUGGUGCCCAUAUGUUCUGAAAUGACACUUUGUAGUUUAAAGUCUUCACACAUCGUGAAAUAAUCUGUAAAUGUCACCAUGUUAGCUCUUACUUUCAAAUGAAAAAGCUAAAUUGUGACUGGCUCUGCAUCAGCUGUGAGAAGCAGACAGCUGUGGAUGCGUUUAAGGCCGUCAUUGUAAUGAAGACGUUAAGUUCUCACUGUUGGGUCCAGCUAUUGUUUAAAAAGUAACAUUUACAGUGCAUGCUUCUACAUAAAAUUGCAAGAACUCUGUCAUAUUUCCUUUCCAAUGUGAUAUUUGUGUAGAAAUGUUCUCUGCUCUAUCUGCUAUAGAUAGCAAUGGUUAUUGUUUUUAUUCUGAAUUGUUUUGUUAAUGAUUGUUUUAUCUGUGGCAAUACUGAAUGUAACCUACUGUAUGACAGAUCACUAAUGAUGUAUGCAAGAAAAGCACUACCAUGUUGAAAUAAAGGCCUACUGCACUGUU